AUGAGAAGAAUCAUAUCGGUGUUGCUUAUCCUACUGAGCGGUGAAAUUCGGGAAAGCUUAGGGUGCUUCUGUGACCAUUACCCAUGGAGUCCCUGGUCCAGCUGUUCUAAGACGUGCAAUUAUGGAACUCAAAGCAGAUCGAGAAGCAGGGACUUCAAUGACUAUUAUUUCAAGCAUUCUUGUGACACUUUGUGUACCUGGAGUGAAUCUCGGGCAUGUAACCAGCAGGCGUGCCCUAUCAACUGCCAGCUCAGUGACUGGGAGCCCUGGUCAGAGUGCGAUCCAUGUGUCAAAAAACAAUUUCGUGUGAGGUCGCUGCUGCGCCCAUCUCAGUUUGGGGGCCAAGCCUGUACCGAACAGAUGCAAGAUUUCCGGAAGUGCUUCCCUACAAAAUUAUGUAACAUAGAGGAAGUUAAUUGUGAGAAUAAAUUCCAGUGUGAAAAUGGACGCUGCAUUGCCAGAAAACUCGAAUGUAACGGAGAAAAUGAUUGUGGAGACAAUUCCGACGAACGGAAUUGCCGGAGGAUAAAGCCCGUGUGCAACAGACAAGCCGAGAGCCUGCCCAGCAUUCAGCUCGCAGGCCUUGGAUAUCACCUAAUGGCUGGAGAAACCCGAGGGGAAGUGCUGGAUUAUUCCUUCAAUGGCGGGACCUGUGUCGUGGUGAAGAGUGAAAGGACUAGAUUUCGUGUCCCUGCAAACCUGGAGGCUGUCAGUUUUGAGGUAAAAAAUGAAGAAAAUGAUUUGAAAACACAUUACUAUAGUGACCUAAAACCCUUUGCACAUAGUCAGGCAGAUAGCACGUCUUCCAACAGAAAGGGCAGAAAGACUUCUGGAAUCCCAUAUUUUUGGGGAUCAAUAGAGAACAAAGAAUCUACAUCAUCUUCUGCCUUCCGUGAAGCAAUCAAAGCAUCCCAUAAAAUGAAUUCCAACUUUAUUCGGAUCUACAAGGUGGUUUCAGUGUCAAACUUCACAGUGAAGGCAUCAGACUUGCAACUCUCUGGCGUGUUCUUAAAGUCCCUCAACAGCCUGCCUCUGGAGUACAACUAUGCCCUCUACAGCCGGAUAUUUGAUGACUUCGGGACUCAUUACUACACUUCUGGGUCAUUGGGAGGGAAAUAUGAUCUCCUGUAUCAGUUUAAUGAAGAGGAAACAAAAAGCUCAGGAUUAACAGAAAAACAAAUGGCAGAGUGCGUGUGGACAGAAACAAAUAAGUAUACGUUCUUCUUUCGUUCAAAAAAAGUGAGGUAUCACUGCUCUACAAGUCGGAUGACAGAGCGCUACGAAGGUUCCAUUUUGAAGUCAUCUGAACGGUCUAUUUCCCUGGUAAGAGGUGGGCGGGCUCAGUAUGCUGCAGCUUUAGCCUGGCAGAAGAAAGGUGCUUUCCCAGGGCAAACUGUCUUUUCUGAGUGGUUGAGCUCAGCCAAGGAAAAUCCUGUGGUGGUUAAGUUUGAGGUGGCCUCCAUUUUGGAUUUGGUAAAGGACAUUCCAUGUGCUGUAACGAAACGCAGACAUCUCACAAGGGCUCUUUCAGAAUAUAGGGAGAGAUAUGACCCAUGCCGAUGUUCUCCUUGUCCCAACAAUGGGCGACCUGUUUUGUCUGGAACUGAAUGCCUCUGCGUGUGUCAGGCUGGAACAUAUGGCGCUAACUGUGAGAUACGAGCACCAGAUUACACAUCAGUUGCAGUAGAUGGUUACUGGAACUGCUGGUCUGCCUGGAGUCCCUGUGACGCCUCUUUCAAGAAGCGAAGGACCCGACUGUGUAACAACCCUUCACCUCUGAAUGGAGGGAAGCCUUGUGAAGGUGAAGCAGAAGAGGAAGAAGACUGCUACGUCUCAUUAUUUGCAGAUAGGGGGGCUCCGUGUGUAAAUGAUGAUGAAGGCCGAAGAGAAGUAGACAUGUUUGAGUCUGAAUCUGAGUCUGGGUGCCUGACUCCAGUACCGCCAGAAAAUGGAUUUAUCCGGAAUGAGAGACCUUACUACUCAGUUGGAGAAGAGGCUGAAGUUGUCUGCCUGGAUGGACAUCAUCUCAAAGGCUACCAAUUCCUUAGGUGCCUUCCGGAUAAAACAUGGAAUCAACAUGCUAUAGAAUGUGAACCAUCAGCUUGCUCCAGGCCAUUGGCCUCUGACGGCAUCUUGAUCUCCCCAUUUAAAUUUCAAUACGAGAUCGGGGAAACCAUCCAGAUAAAUUGCCCAAAUGGUUUCAUUCUCGUUGGCAAAAAGAAAUACACCUGUGGGAAUGACCUAUCCUGGACUCCUGCUGUUCUGGAAUCUCUGUCUUGCAAGAAACAUGUGCAGAUCAUUUCCAAAGGCAACUGCGGGCCCGGACGGAAAGAGGUGGAGUCUCAAUGCGUGUGCAUGUCUCCCGAGGAGGACUGUGAUCUCGGCUCAGAAGACAUCUGUGUACUGAAUGUCACAUCUGCUCAAGCCUUUACAAAACCCGGCUGCCGGUACCUGGCGGAGAAAUGCAGGGGUGAUGAUGGGCUCCACUUCCUUCAUCCUGGCCCCUGCAAUGACAACACCGAUUUGACCUGGGCAACCGAGAGGGCCAGCCUUUCACCAAACAGCUUGAGGAAGGAGCCCUGCGGAUAUGAUGAGUGUUACGACUGGGAAACAUGUUCAGAACGUCAAUCAGUGUGUACCUGCAUGCUCCCAUACCAGUGCCCAAAGGAUCAGGGCCCAUUCCACUGUAUCCAGAUUGGAUCUGGGCGUCGGAAGAGGACAUCCACCCUCUGCGCAUUGGGGGCAAUGAAAUGUGCCAGUACAAGGACGGAACUGUUGCAUCCUGGGAAGUGUCUGCCUUAAA